AUGUCAAACGAGAAUAUCCUGGCCGAACGGCUUGAGCCACAUUUAGACAGCGGAGACGAGUUCCCAAGUCCUCCUCCAAAACGCAGACGCAUUUCGCAAGAGAGUGAUAGUCCUCCAGGCACUGCCACGCGACAUGCCCCGAUAUCCAGAGUGAAAAGAAUCGUCUCACCAGAGCAGAAUGGAUCAGUAUCGGCGGCGCGACCUACUAUCCCUACAACCUCUGUUACCUUCCAGUCGCUUUCUGUGGCACCAUGGCUGAUACAUUCUCUGGCCGCAAUGGCCAUAUCACAUCCCACCGAGAUUCAGCGUUCCUGCAUACCUGAAAUUUUAAAAGGAAGAGAUUGCAUUGGAGGCUCGAGGACGGGUACUGGAAAGACUGUGGCGUUUGCGGUUCCUAUAUUGCAAAAAUGGGCAGAGGAUCCGUUCGGUAUCUACGCCGUCAUCCUCACGCCAACGAGAGAGCUGGCUUUGCAAAUUUACGAGCAGUUUCAGGCGCUAGGAGCCCCACAGAAUCUAAAGACGGUUCUGAUAACAGGAGGAUGUGAUAUGAGGCCCCAAGCCGUUGCUCUUGCCAAGCGGCCACACGUCGUCGUUGCAACACCAGGUAGACUGGCAGACCACAUUCUCAGCUCCGGCAAAGAAACCACCAUCGGGUUGUCUCGUGCGAGAGUGAUGGUCCUCGAUGAAGCCGACCGCUUGCUAGCCUCUGGACCGGGCUCCAUGCUUCCAGACCUCAAUACUUGCCUUUCUGCUCUUCCGCCACCUUCAUCACGAUUGACCCUGCUUUUUACCGCGACAAUAACGCCAGAAGUUCGAGCGCUGAAGGAUCUUGCACGGCCACCAGACCGGCCUCCUAUUUUCAUCUCUGAAAUUGCAGACAUCUCGGAUCCCUCUUCCUCUUCCAGCCUCGUUCCCGCGUCGCUCACACAAACAUACCUCCAGAUCCCCAUGACUCACAAGGACGCCUUCCUUCACGUCCUCCUAUCCGUCCCUUCGUUCGCAAAGGAACCCGAGCCCAGCAUCAUGGUUUUUGUGAACCGCACCAGCACCGCCGACAUUCUUCACCGUACCCUCCUCCAACUCUCCCAUCCUGUGACAGCACUGCAUUCCGAACUGCCUCAGAGCCAGCGAAACAGGAAUCUCUCCGACUUUCGCUCUCAAAAGUCGCGGAUUCUCAUUAGCACAGAUGUGGCUUCAAGAGGCCUCGAUAUCCCCGAAGUCAACUUCGUGAUCAACUUUGAUGUCCCUCGGAAUCCGGUAGAUUACGUUCACCGAGUUGGGCGUACUGCUAGAGCGGGCAGGGAAGGUACGAGCGUCACAUUUGUUGGACAGAGAGACGUCGCUCUCGUUCUAGCCAUCGAGGAGUACAUAGGAAGUAAGAUGGCGGAAUGGACCGAAGAGGGAGUAAACAUCGAGACACGCGUUGUGAAAGGCCGCACAUUGAAGGACGUGGCCGAGGCGCGAAUGGAAGCUCUUCGGGAUGCUGAGAGUGGCAAGGACGUGAAAGGCUGGCGAAGGAAGAUCAAGAAGGAUAGGAAGCGAGCAUUUGUCGGAUAG